AUGGCCUCCAGCCCAUGCCAAAUCGGCGAUGGUUUGAGUCAUUUAAUCGUUGUUUGUUGUCACGCAAUCUAUAUCGGCGGUCCAGCACGUGGGGCUGAGGAGAAUGAAUGGUUGAUUGAACCUUUCCAGAAAGGAGAGACGCCAACUUUCAUCCACCAUGCUAAGGCUGGUCUACGAGUGCUGGCAAAUGAUCCUGAGGGAUUACUGGUCUUCUCAGGUGGUCCAACCAAAAAGUCUCGAACAGAUCUUAGCGAAGGCCAAUCAUACCUUAACCUAGUCCGCGACAACAAUUAUUUCCGACAUGAAUCGGAUCUAUCGACAAUCGAUCCAUCGGCAGUCAUAUCAGAAUCGCAUGCAACGGACUCCUACCAAAACGUCCUCUUCUCACUACUUCGCUUCCGAUCUCACACUGGCGUCUACCCCAAACGUGUCACUGUAGUGACACACGAGUUCAAACGUGCUCGCUUUAUGGAAUGUCACUUUCCUGCUAUGGGCUUCUUGCCUCGCCUGGGUAGUGGGGAGGUCAUGGCCUUCCCAAGAGUAUCUCUGAUUGGGAUAGAUCCGCCCGAAGAAGUCACUCCUAUGGAAUCUCUGGUUCAGGGCGAGUCUUUGAGGGGAAUUGGACUAUGGCGACGCGAUUUGUAUGGCGUCGGUCAAGACUUGGCCAGUAAACGCAUCAUUCGAGGGUGGGCACCAGGCAUGGUGCAUGAACUAUGUCUCAACGGAGGUUACGAACCCGUCGUCGAGCAAUUGGUCUCGUGGGAUGGAGGAGCAGGAAAUGAAUGGUUUCCACACAUUGAAAGGUUGCCAUGGUACUAUGGACAUCCGCCAUAA